AUGGCAGCAUUGCUAGCAGCAUUUGUUGUGCCAAUCUGGGACCUUGCCAAAAUCAUGUGGAAUUCCAUUUCGAAUCGUGCAGAUUACAUACGUGACGUGGGGAACAAUCUUGAGUCCUUAGAAUAUGAAAUGGAACGACUGAGAAGAACGAAAGAAGAUGUGGAAGCAAGGCUUGACUGCGAAGAGAAUGAAUGGUUCCAGCGUACACAUGAAGUAACUGACUGGCUUGAAAGAGUACAACGAUUAGAAGCCAGUGUGGAGGAGAUUAUUGAAGAGGGCAAAGAAGAAGUGCAAAAGAAAUAUCUUGGAGGCUUCUGUCUCUAUGAUUGUUGCUCAAGCAAUCAGGCUGGGAAGAAAGUGAGUGAAACACUGAAAAGUGUUGCUGAACUGAUCACUGAUUCUAAAUUCGAUGUGCUGGUACCGGAUAAGCCUCGUGACUUGGUGGAUGAGAGGCCUGAAAGGAUCAGCUUGGGGUUAGCUACUAAGCUGGACCAGGUUUGGAGAUGGAUUGAAGAUCCAUCUGUUGGAAUUAUUGGCAUAUAUGGAAUGGGAGGUGUAGGCAAGACCACCCUCUUAAAGAAGGUUAACAAUAAGUUCCUUGAUAGAAGCCAUUCUUUCAAACCGGUGAUGUGGAUUCUAGUGUCUAAAGAUGCAGAGGUUGAAAGGGUUCAAGAACUGAUUCGGAAUGAAUUAAAUAUCCCUGAUAGAGUGUGGGAAAAUCAAAAUGUGGAUGGCAAGGCUGCAGAAAUAUUCAGGGUCUUGAGAAGGAAGACGUUUGUACUUUUGUUAGAUGAUCUAUGGGAGCGAUUAGACAUCAUGAAACUGGGAGUUCCCAUUCCUGAUAAUGCUAAUGGAUCGAAAAUAAUAUUUACAACUCGAUCUGAGGAAGUGUGUGGCCGUAUGGAAGCUCAUAGAAGGCUAAAGGUAGAAUGCUUGCCACCGGAUGUUGCUCUGGACUUGUUCCGAACAAAGGUAGGUGAAGAUGUUCUGAAUUCUCAUCCGGAAAUACCAAAGCUUGCCGAAUUAGCUGCCCAGGAAUGCAAAGGUUUGCCGCUUGCUCUGAUUACCAUCGCCAGAGCCAUGGCAAGUAGGAAAACUCCUCAGGAGUGGAAGCAUGCUAUAAAAUUAUUGCAGAGUUAUCCAUCAGAGUUUUCAGGUAUGGGAGAUCAUGUCUUUCCCAUUCUCAGGUUCAGUUAUGAUAGUUUGAGUGAUGACACUGUAAAGAAAUGUUUCCUAUAUUGUUGUGUAUUUCCAGAAGACCAUGAUAUUGAGAAAAAUGAACUUGUUGAACUAUGGAUUGGGAAAGGGUUUUUGGAUAAAUUUGAUAAUAUAUAUGAUGCCAGGAAUGAGGGAGAAUUCAUUGUCGGAAGCCUAAAGUUAGCAUGUCUGCUGGAGGAUGGGGUAAGGUAUAGUUUUUCAACAAAACAUGUUAUGAUGCAUGAUGUGAUUCGCGACAUGGCAUUAUGGCUAGCUUGUGAGAACGGCAAGAAAGAGAACAACAUCCUGGUACAAGAUCAUGUUACGUCAGUUAAAGCUCAUGGCUUGACAAGAUGGAAGGAGGCUGUGAGGGCAUCGCUGUGGGGUACUAGUUUUACAUCUCUUAGUGAAACACCCUUUUGCCCGCAUCUCCAAACUUUGCUGGUCGGGAGAACUCACCUGAGGAUGUUCCCGACUGGAUUCUUUCAUCUUAUGCUUGCCUUGAGAGUUUUGAACCUGUCUGAGAAUCAGGAACUCAGGAUGUUACCUGAAGGAAUUGGUGAAUUGAUCAAUUUGCAUUAUCUUAAUCUGUCAUUAACUUCAAUAGGAGAGUUGCCAGUUGGGAUUAAGAAUUUGAAGAACCUAAAGAUUUUGCUCCUAGAUGACACAUAUUUCCUUACAAAGAUCCCAAAAGAAGCUAUCUCAAGCCUUUCCUCAUUGACAAUUUUCAGUAUGUUCUUUUACCAAGGUUAUCAAUCCCUUCAUGGCUUGGAUGAAUUCAUGUUGGCAGAGGAGUUGGGGAGUCUAGAAAACCUGAAUGAACUAAGUAUCACCUUGUCUUUCUUUCAAUCUAUCCUGAAAUUACUGGAGUCCCUGGAGUUUCCAAAGUGCAUCAGAAGAUUAUCAAUAGGAUGCAAGAUUCUGAUCUCACUUGAAAUCCCGUCUCCGCUUGUGAGAAGCAUGGAGCAUUUAGAGAGGCUUGAACUAAAGGGAUGUUAUUCUUUGGAGGAGUUGAUCAUUUAUCCAGAACACAAUGAGGGAAUGGAAGAUAUACCUCCAUUUUUAUAUAACUCAAAGCCAAUGACAGGACAUGAAUGCUUCCGCAACCUUUCUCUUGUGGACAUUCUGUUGUGUUCCAUGGUGAACUUGACAUGGCUCGCCCAUGCUCCGCUCCUUCAAACUCUAUUAGUAAGCAGAUGCAACUUGUUAACUGAAGUAAUUCGUGAAGAUUUCAGUAACGGAGCAACUGAAGAAUACCCAGACUUGUUCUCAAAUCUCACAACGCUUUAUUUGUCUGAACUACCAAGUUUAGAGUGGAUCUGCUGGCAAGCUUGGCCUUUUGCUGAACUUAAGGAGAUCCAUGUAAUAAAUUGCCCGAAUCUGACAAAGCUGCCAUUCAAUUCAAACAGUGCAAAGAACAGUUUGAAGGCAAUCAAAGGAGAUAAGAGCUGGUGGGAUGGAUUGCUGUGGGAGGAUGAAACUGUUAAGCUUGUUUUUGCUUCCAAAUUUCAAGAUGAGACCCUUGACUCUGAGUGCGUACUGAUUAAGAACUACAUCAAUUCGUAA